GCUGCUCGGAGAGCCGAGCCGCAAUCCAGCCAGGCCGGAAGCCCCAGUCCCACUGGCCUCUGCUUUCAUAGACUGAACCAGCAGAUUGCUGCACAGCCUCAGAUGGAAAUAUUGUAGGAUUUCAUUCUAGCCACAUGGUUAAGCUCAGAUUUUGAUUUUAAAUUGGCGUCGCACUCUCUCUUCCAGAGUUUUGUGAUUUUUAUAAUUUAUUGUUAUGCAAGGAUUUAACACACCACAAAGAUGAACGGGGGCUGCGCGUUUGGCUGGAGAAGCCUUCGAUCGCCUGAAUGCAACACAUAAAUACGAGGCAAAGGAUUAUUUUAUGGGUUGCAUCUGAUUUUCCUGACCUGCCAUAUCCGGAUUUCGGAUUACUAAACAUUCCUCGGAAUGGAAGGAAGGGAUUUCGCUGCUCCGGCGCACCUCCUCUCAGAGCGAGGCGCCCUGGUGCACCGAGCCGCCUCUCGGAUCGCUCCCUCGGGCCACAGCUCUGUGCAGCACGCCGGUCACUUCCCGCCGGGGAAAUAUUACCCCUCACACAUACCAAUGGCUCCCCACUCAGGCAGUGGAUUGAUGGGCAAUUCCUCCGCUUCCUUCAUGGGCACCUUUCUAGCCAGUAGUCUGGGUUCUCCCCCUUCCCAUCCGCCUCACCCUUCCCGGCCGCCCUCCUCGCCCUCGUCACCCUCCUUCCGAAGUGGACCCCACUCCAGCGCUUCGCAAAUCUGGUUUCCCCAUUCGCAUGAAGCAGGUCCAGGAUAUCCGCGAUUCUCAGGGAGUCUGGCCCACACCUUCCUUCCAAUGAGCCACUUGGAUCACCAUGCCAACAGUGGAGUUCUCUACGGGCAGCAUCGUUUCUAUGACACCCAAAAAGAAAACUUCUAUCUGCGGGGACUCCCGUCUCAGCCUCCUCUUAUCUCAGCUAAUCAUAGUCUGCCACCCAUGUCAAGGGCAGGUUCAGGGCACUCUCAGGGGUCCUGCAGUAGAGACAGAGAUCCAGCAAUAGGGACAGGUAUACAUAAAGGUCUUAAAGAGGGGUCUGUGGAGAGGGGAGUGGCACCUGUCAAGGACAAGGAGAGGUCCAGUAACAAACAAGAGGCGAAGGAUCGACAGCAACAACAACAGCAUCACAAUCACCCUGCACGCCAAACCACACAUCACCACAAUUCCCAUGUUCUUCAGCAGCACCCGCACUAUCCACAGCACCCGCUGCCCUUGGAGGAUGUCAACAGUCGGGCUCUAGAGAGGCACAAGGCAUCACUCGCAAUGGAGUACAGCAAAGACCACCCUCAGAGUAUGAGCAAACCCCUCAGCGCUUGCUUGCAUAAUGGCAAGAUGCAGAAUGGAGAUGCAGGAACUGGACCGAAGGUCUCCAUGCCCAGCUGUGGUGGGGAGGGCUCUGCCCUUCAGGGUAUGGGGGGUGGGAGAAGCAGCCAGGGCAGACAUAUGGGGUCUAGUGGCAAUGCUCGCUGCACCAAAGAGGGCAUAAGUGGGGAGAUGAGGAUCAGUGAGCAGCCUUCAGACUGUUUGGAAAGGGGUCAAGCACCACUUCACCACUCUCUGCCAUAUUCCGUACCCCCACCUUUACACAUGGGCUCUGCUGCUGGAGGGGCACACCCUCAUUCCCAUCCUCAUGCUCAUCCCCAUACACAUCCACACCCAGGGGGCUUCCACUGCCUUCAGCUCCACCCCAGCCAUCCACACCACCCACACCAUUCCCACCAUACACACCACCAUCCAGACUUUUUCUGUCCACCCCCACCAGCUCCUCUAGCCAACUCUGCUUCACAAGAGCGGGGGCCAGUCAAUGUAGGGCGAGAGCCUAAAGUCACGGGGCUAACAUUUGUGCCAUCUGUGGCAGACCUAGGAGACAAAUCUAAUGGGCCAUUCCAGCUUGGUAACCCUGAUUGUCAGGGUGUAAGUAGUGGAGGAGGAGGCAGCAAUGCCAAGGACAAAGCAAUAGAAAAAAAUGGUGGUGGUGGGCACCACGGCAAUUGGCACAGGAAACAGCAACAACAACAGCAACAACAACAACAGCAGCAGCAACAUCAACAACAGCAACAGCAGCAUCCAUAUAGAAAGACAGAAAAGGCUCCAGACUGGAUGCAACCCCACCAUCAACAUGUUCAACCUUCACAACUUCCUCCACCUCCUCAACAGCAACAGCAGACGCCACAUUCCCACCAAGUUGUACGAUCACGGAGUGCAGAGUGUAUCAACAGUGGUGUGGACAUGGAUGUGUUUAGAUCCUCGCUCCCCCAAGGGGCUAAAGCAGGGCACUCUGUCGCUCAUUCUGUAAACACUUCCCCUUACAGAGACUGUUCCCAUCAAGGACCCCCACCCAACUCAUCCCCACUCGGAGGUAAGAACAUGGGCCAACAUAAUGGGACUGCAACAGCCCAUUGCCCUGGAGGUAGUUGUUCUUUACAGAGAGAUGGCCAAAAGGUAGCCAGGAUUCGCCACCAGCAGCAUGGCCAGCCUGGCCCAGAUACUUCUCCAGCUGAGUUAAAUCAGAGUAAUGGACAGGAGCUUAAAAGAAAGAUGGAUAUGUCCCCUUAUGGUUAUAGCAACAACAGUGGGCAGCACCACCAGCAGCAACCCCCAGUGCCACCCUGGACUAUGAGGCCUCCCCAACACAUGUCACAACCUGAGGAGGAUCAGAGGAAGUCUUACAUGGAGAUUGGGAGCACCAGUGGGCAACACUCACAGCAAAAGCAACAACAGCCAGGAAUGAGCCUGCCUCCUCAACAACCUUCCACUGCACCACCUCUAAGUCAGCAGCAGCCGCAGCAGCAGCCUGAUCCCCAAGGUCCAACUCAGGGCGAGAGCAGUGCCAUGAAGAGCCUGCUAAAGUACAGCAACCAGCAACAACCACUGCUCCUCUCCCAAAAGAGCCCGUUUGGGGGUCUGGGAAAUCUCAAAUCAGGUCCCUCAGCGGGUAGCUGCGCCCUGCAGGGUAACAAACAGACUCUACCUUCCAGGAAGGGCCCAGCCAAUGACGGUGAACGCUCAGAAUACAAUGGGCGGACCCGGGAAAUGGGGGACUCCUGUCAAGGGGAAAGUGAAGUGCGGCAGCCACCAGUGGGAAUUGCAGUGGCAGUGGCCAGACAAAGAGAGCCUCCAUGUCGUUCUGACAGUCAUCCCAACAGCCGGCAGGGAAGGGUGCAUCCGUCUGUAAAAGGACCGCCCCGCUCCAUGUAUCCCUCAGAUCCCACUGAGGAGGAGAGGAAGAGGAUGAGUGAAGAACAAAUAGGUCUUACUUGCCUGGACAGAGACAGAGAAGCAUAUAUCAGGGAUAAUAAAGAACGAGUGGAGUUUGCAAGGAUCCACCCAUCCAACAGCUGUCAUGGUGACCUCACUUCUCAUCUCAUGGUCCCUGGUGGGACUUCUCUUCAGUCCGGCCAGUUAGGAGAUCCUGCUGCACAUUCUGCUCACCAUCAUUGGAUGCAAAGAACUGGAAGUCCAUCCCUCUGGAUGGCAGGGCACUCUUAUGCAGGUAUAGGUCAUACAGCUCUGCACCAGAAUCUGCCCCCAGGUUUCUCUGCAGCCAUGCCGGGCCCUCUGCAGCCGGUGCUUCCUCUGCCUCAGGACCCCUCUGCCCAGCUAGUGGUCUUGCCCUCUGACCCUCCAAACCAUCCUGCCUCCCAUCACCUGGAUGUGAUGGAGCAGCAAGGGCUGUGGCCCCCUGUGUACGGCGCCCGGGGCCCACCCUCCCACAUGCAACAUCCUGCUGUGUACUCCCGAUCUCAGUUUCUACGGCAACAGGAGCUUUAUGCUAUCCAGCAGCAUCAACAGCUCCAGCAUCAGAACCAGAAUCACCAGUCACAACAAUCCCAACUACAGCCUCAACCUCAACAGCAGCAGCACAGAGCUGCACAUGGCAUGCAACAUCAAGCUACUCACAAUGCACAGAUCCAAAAGAGACCAGAUGAACCCUCAGAUGAACUACAGGAGCUCAUUUCAGAACCAAGAACGACCAAACCUGCCAAGGCCUACUCUUACAACCCACCACAGAGGAACACUUCCCCCCCCGGGGCCUGUGCCACUCACAUGUCCCCUUGUUACCAAUCCCCCUCAAUCCGCCAGCAUCCCAGAAGCACUCCCUCCACCCCCUGCCCUGCUCCCAGCCCCGUGGCAGCAGCCCCUCACUCUCCGGGCAUCAGCCCUGCCCCACCUCAAAUACUCAAAGGGGCUGAUUCCCAGGACAAGCGAGGCAAGGGGCAGCCCCCACAAGAUUAUCCACAGUCUCUGGAGCCUGACUUGCCUCCUGGAUACACCUACCCAGCUAUCGCUAUGGGUUACAGACGCGGACCCUCCCCGCAGGACGUUCAGCUGGCUGAGCCAGCUGACCUGGAAGCAGUCCAAGCGGAGCCUGCUGAGCAUGCUCCACAGUCUCUUGCCAGCCUAGGGGAGGAGUUAGAGUGCCAAGUGGUGGUCAUGCCGCUCCCUGAGCCACUCCCACUCAAGGAAGUGGAGCCAGAUGAGGAAGAAAGUGUGGUGCAGAGCGUCCUGGAGCGGAGGGAAGAGGUGGAGGUCACAGCGGUGGCAGCAGCCAACUACGUUCCUGUUGAAGAGGAGGCGGAUGAACCGGCUUCAAUUGAGGAGGAUGUGCUGGUUUGCCCCCCGACUGAGACUCCAAUCUCCGAGACAGCUUCCUCUCCACUUCCUCUCACAACUGAAGAACCUGAUAGGUCAGAAGCUGUCAUUACUUUGGAGGAGGAAGAUGAUGAUGAGGCAGUGGGUGAGGAGAAUCAGGUGGAGCAUGAUCCAAAGGUCAACAUGCCUGGAGAGCAGGAGCAAGAGCUGCCUGCAAUCAUUGAGCUUGAUCCAGCUUCUCCCGCUGGCCCCGAGUCUCAGUACCCAUCCUCCGAGGGAGCGAAAGAUGCUGAGCACCAGUACAAGGAUAAGAUGACCCCGGACGAUGCCCCAGUGGAAUUUGUGUGUCUUUCCCCUGCUUCAGCUUCUGCCUGCAGCCAAAGCGAGGAAAAUGUUGUGCCCCACAAACCUCUUGUGCCCUGCUACUGGAGUUUGGAGCUACUGAUCGCUGCCGCUUUUUGCACAGAUGUACCCCCAUUUCCCUUGUUCCCAUAUAGCCCCCCAUCGGCUGUGAAUUCACAGUGCACCCCCAACCAGGGUAUGGAGCUUCUAAGUGAGCUGGCAGAUCUGGAGCUGCAGCGACAGAAGCACACCUGUGGGAAAAGCCAGGAAGAGGAGAUGCUCAUGUUUGACCUCCAAAGCCUUGCAACGUUAGCCACAGCCCGUGCCUUGGAAUUGGGAGUUCAGGAAAGCAGCAGUAUGAGUUCAGGACGACAAUUCCCAGCUCGCAGGAUCUUCAACUUACGGAGAAAAUGCAGCUGGGCACCCCGCAAUGAGCCUGCCUGCCCAGCCAAAGUUAACAUGGAAACAAUGGAUGGUCCUGAGCUUGCAAUGCGCGUGAAGUUGGCUGAGAUACAGCGUCGCUACAAAGAGAAGCAAAAGGAGCUGGCCAAACUGCAGAGAAAGCAUGAUCAUCAGAAGGAGGAAACUCCUCGCAGCCCUGCACGGCGAGGACCGGGCCGCCCGAGGAAACGGAAACCCACCCUCAUGACAGGUCCAGUGUCCUCAACAGACAGCCAAAGAAAGGCCAAGUCGAUGGGGGCGGGGCUUGGCUUGUCGCCGGAGGACCUCAGAGGGGGCGGGGACAGCCAGAAAAGGAAGAAGAGGCUGUCUAGUCGAGGCUUCGAGCGACCCAGCAGUUCACAGCAGAUAAAAGCACAGGGGGGCAGAAAAAGCAGUCUCCACAGCGUGCUAGGCUCCAAGCUGGGUAGUGAGGUAGCCCAGCUCAAACAGAAGGCCCAGGUUAAAAAGAAUCUCUCAGGAACAGACUCCAGGGACAAAGAAGUGUCACCCUGCAACUCCAACCCCAACCAUCGACACAGAAGCCAGAGUGCGACCAAAGGUGAAUCUAGACGAGAGUCUGGGGGACAAAGUGAUACAGCAGCCAGUGUGGACAGUUUUCCCCAAGAGAGCUGGACUGGACUCAUGCGUUGUGGGCGUAAAAGAGAAUCCAGCGCCCUGCUACAGGGUUCCUCCCACCUCAACCAGGCAAGGGCCAAGGUUCUUGGUGGGCAGAGGCAGAAAGCAAUGGAGGGGGAGGACAGCUCUUCUGCAGAGAGUGACUCUUCUGACCAAGAAGAUGAAGAAGAGGAGGGGAGUUAUGAGACUGAUGAAGGUCGAGAUUACAGGUCCAGAUCCCCCCGGGACAUCACGUCUUGCUCUUCCGUGACGGGCCCAAGUCCGUCAUCUGUGGUAAAGCUGGAGGCGAACCAGAAAGCCAGGAACAAAAAACGUAGACAGGAGCUUUAUGGCUCCCAGAGUCUGUCUGGGGCGGAGGGGGAAGUCAAGAUACGAAAGAAGCCCACCAGUAAGCUGGGCACUCCAGCCAAAAACCAUCAAGACCAACGUUCUGAAGGAGGCAGGAGGACAGGCAGACACAAGUCAAAGGAACCUCGCUGGGGCAGCUUUGGGGCAAGGGGAAACCGCUACAGGAGGAGCAUGGGACUGGCCACCUUCCCCACAACCAGCGAGAGGUUGAAAAGGGCAACCCGUAAAACCACCAUGUUGAGAGGAACAAUCAAUAAGAGGAGAAGCUGCUGGUCAGUUGGAGCUCCAUCUUUGCAGGGCGAAGAAGGAAUCAGGGGACGGCGAAUCAAGGACCAACAGACAAAGGGACGGGCAGUGAGUCGUCUGCUGGAGAGCUUUGCAGCUGACGAGGGCUUUCAGAUGGAUGGCAGCAGCUUCUCCGAAGAAGAUGACAACAGCCACUCACACAACAACAAAAGCCCUGAAGUUCCUAACUGUGUCCUGACAAAAGAACUCUUAACUGAUGGGCUGAAGGUGCUGAUUUCUAAGGAGGAUGAGCUUCUAUACGCUGCCAGGGUCCACACUUUGGAGAUCCCAGACAUUUUUCGAGUUUUUAUUGAUGGUGAAAGAGGAAACCGACCGAGAAUCUAUUCAUUGGAGCAACUGCUGAAGGAAGCUGUCCUCGAUAUACGUCCAGAGUCUGAGGUACUGCUCGGUGAAGGAACCAGGGUGUGUGCUUAUUGGAGCGAACGCUCACGGUGCUUAUACCCAGGUUACGUUCACAGAGGUGGUUCAUGUGAUGAGGGGAAGCGGGGAGGGGUGAUGGUGGAGUUUGAUGAUGGAGACCGUGGAAAGAUUUCUCUCCCAAACAUCCGGCUUCUGCCUCCGGGAUACCAGAUUCACUGUGGGGAGUCAUCUCCAGCCCUGCUGGUACCCAGUGGAAACACAACCAAGAGAAGUUCCAGUCUAGAGCAAGCCCCCAUCAGUGACAGACUCUCGGACAGACUCAGUUCAACCAAUAAUAUAACCAACACUCAAAGUCUAACCGUUAUUAAAAGAAAACCAGGGAGACCAAAGGGCUCUGGAAAAAAACAAAAACAGCAGCAGGCAGAAAAUGCUAAUAAAAAUCCUUCGCCUUUCCUGGGUUGGAGUUCACUGUCUAACACCAGGAAGAGAACUUCUGAAAAUCUUUUUCAGUUCAACGGGGCACCCAGGAAAGCCCUGAAAGGGAAGGAGGAUGCACUGUUCUCUUUGCCUCAGACCCAACCGUUGGCCUCCCUCCCAGCCAAAGGCCUUUUCAGCAGUAGCUCCUUUGAGGUGGAUUCCUUCAGAAGCAUUGCAAAUGGCUACUCCUCCUUCUGCACUCAGUCUACUAUUCAGUCUACAGGAAAAGGUCCGGGAUUAUCUCUGGGCAACAAAAGUGACUUGUACUGUGAAAAGCGUGGACAAGAUGAACUGAUGACACCAAGGGUUAGAAAGUCUGGACAAGAGUUCCUAGUCAAAUUAGACCAUGAAGGAGUGACUUCUCCUAAGACAAAGAAUAGUAAAGCUCUGAUGUGCCGAAGUGGAUCAUCCAGUGUGAGUGUUAUGUCCAGAACGGAGGCAUACUCUCAUCCAGUCCUGCUGGUAAAAGACAACAAAAAGGGUGGUGCCUCAAAGGUGGAACUUCUCCUGAAAGGAGCAACACCACAAAGAAAGCCCUCCUCCUCUCUCCGUCUGGAGGAAUACGGCGACUUGGGUUUCAGCUCACACCGAGAGUGUCACAGUUCCUACUCAGAUCUUGAUGAGGAAGAGGAAGAGGAAGUGAGAAGGAGGGCAGCACUAGUUGCAGCCACUGGAGGACUCAGGACCGCCAGUCGGUUUCUUUCUCGCCUUUCUGUUUCUUCUUCUUCCUCUGGCUCUUCGAGUUCCUCCUCUUCAGGAUCUCUGUCAAGUUCCAGCCUAUGUUCAUCUGACAAUGAUUCAUCUUACAGCUCUGAGGACGAGGACAGUUCAGCACUGAUGCUGCAGAGUUGCCUGUCCUCCCACCGAGGGCUCCUGCAACCAUCAGAUCCCUCAACGUCUUCAAGGCCCCGACAGCACUCCUUUGUUGCCAAAGCUGUUGCUGUUUCGAAUUCCAAAGGAGGCCCUCCUGUACACGUCUCGAACAGCAAGUCCUUGAAGAGGAAAGAAUGCACAAGUUCUGCCUCUAAGCCAAUUAAGGAAUUUGUAAAGAAACCUAGGUUGCUUUCAGAUGACACAUCAUUUAUUCCAAGGCCCAAGAUGUCUGCAUUCCUGUCAGGCCGACAAAUGUGGCGGUGGUCUGGUAAUCCUACACAGAGGCGAGGGCUAAAGGGCAAGGCCCGGAAGCUUUUCUACAAGGCAAUCGUGCGAGGCAGAGACACUGUGAGAGUUGGGGAUUGUGCUGUAUUCCUCUCAGCCGGACGCCCUAACCUCCCAUAUGUGGGUCAAAUUGAGAACCUUUGGGAAUCCUGGACUUCCAGAAUGGUAGUCAAAGUCAAAUGGUUCUACCAUCCUGAGGAGACCAAGCUAGGCAAGAGGCAUCGAGAUGGCAAGCACGCCCUUUACCAGUCGUGUCACGAGGAUGAGAACGAUGUCCAGACAAUCUCUCAUAAGUGCCGGGUGGUAAGCAGGGAGGAGUAUGAGUGCAUGACUCAUAAUCAGAAGCCAAACAGUACCUCCCCUGAUCUCUACUACUUGGCUGGGACGUAUGACCCUACCACUGGUCAGUUGGUCACUGUUGAAGGGGUUUCCAUCAUGUGCUGAACCUCCAUAAGGACACUACUGAAGGACUUCACCCGAAGAAGGUUCAUGAUUUCACCCGUGAGACCUUCUGCCUUGCAAAAAGACAAAUAUUCCAUGUGUAAGCCUCAAGGAACCAUGGACUAAAUGUCAAAGCAGGGCUGUCUGAGAUUACACACUGUAUGUUGGAGUCUGCAUGAGUAUACUGGCAUCAGUGACGCAGAUUUCCACACCCUUGUUGAUCCUUUCCUGAAGGAUAACAGAAAGUUUGGGUCUUCCUGGGCAAAAUGAAAAUGUAUAAUUAAUCUCUUCUUCAAAUUUCCUUUGUGAUUGACAGCUUCACAGCUGGCUGUAAGAAUCACACUUCCAGCUCCUAUCAGAUGUCACAGAGGGGAAGCUGAGAUUGCAUUAGCUCAUGCAAAUUAACAUGACGCUCAAUAGUCGCCGUGGACCAAUCCUUUAAAAACAUAGGCUCAGUUGAGGAAAUGGAAAUGGAGCUCUUUGUAUGUCUUUUCAUUCCAGGGAAGUUGAAAAUAUGUAACGCGUGUGAAGUUAAAGUUGUCUGUGAAUAUUUUGAAUUUUUUCCAAUUAAGCCAUACACUUCAGUACCUCUCACCUGUCUUAACUAUUCAGGUGUACAUUGUACAGUUCAAUUAUUGUAUUGUUGUCUGUUGUCUAUAUGUACAUAAAAGCUAUUUUAUAUAGGAAUUUAUUGUAAAUAUGAGAUGUAUCUUUCCAUGUUUGCAAUUGAUUUAUUUUUAUAUGGGUGUAGACUACAUACAUUUUUUUUUUUCCUUUGCUUUGGAAAGUCAAGAUUGGAGAGGUUAGUGUUGCACUGCUUAUGCCCUGCUGAGACAGACCGAGACAGACAGCGCACAGACGGAUUUACAAAGACAGAUGGAUUUAGUCUGUAACAGGACAAGACUCCCUUUCUGAGAGAGAAAGUCCAUCCUGUUUGAAAAAAAAAAAAUAGGUCAAGUGGCUUUUUGUAAAAGUGUUCUGUUGCUUCACAUUUGUGUUAGCCUAUUUAAGAGGAAAAAAAAUAACUUUUUUUAAAAUUUAUGUAUCACUCAUCAUCAUCAUCAUUAUUGUCACUGCGAGGCAGAUCCCAUUGGACUGCAGUCACGGGUCAAACUUGAGCGUACCAUUGUGACAUAAUAUUUGUGUGUGGUGGGUGUCCUAAAAUCACUAUAAUCAUGUCCACGCGAAUAAAUUUAGGACAAGACCGGGUCUUUUAAUGAAAAUGUAUUGUGCAUUGCACUCUUCGGUGCAUAGUUUAGCACAUUAUGGCCUACAAAAUACCAAAGUGUCUUUCUUAUCUUUUUUUUUUUCUUUAUUUAAAAAUUCUUAAGCACCUGUACUGAACUCAAAUCAGAAAUCACUGGUAACUUAUAGGAUACUUGUCCUCUACUAUGUGCAUAUACAGUAUAUUGGCUGUGCAUUGUGACAAUGGUUUCUUGCACAUGUACCUGCAGAUUUAUUUCGUAUAACAAUAUGCACCAAAAUGCCACCUGGGGAUGGGAGUAUGAAGGUCAAGGUACUGGCAAAAUAAGAUGUUGAGUACUGCCAACUUGUUGAAAUUAAAUGUUUUAGUUUCAUUAGCCAUCUGUGUCUAUUAUUGUACAGUAAACACAUACUCGACGCUAGCUGUGGCUAACUGUGAAGGACAAUCAGAUUCACAAAGCAAUGGACAGAGUAGGUUCACUCAAUCUAAAAUUUAUUUAAUUUGUGCCAAGUACUUAUUUUUUUCUAUUUUAGUUUUGUUUAACAUGCAAUCCUGAGUAUUUUUGUUCAUAAAGUUUUAUUUUGUUUGCCAACAUUUUUAUUUAUUGUCAACGUUGCUGUUUGUUCAUGCCAAGGGCGCUUUAUGAAAAAUGUGACAGUUUUUCUUGGUGUGAUGUCGCAUUUGCAUUUCUUAAAUAAAGCUGGUCUUGUAGAGGCCAUCUAGUGAAGAGAAAUAAAACAACA